AUGGAACACGCAGUCGGUGACGUGUGUGUGCCAAUUUUCGCGAGCGCAUUAGUGUCAUCCUUCGUUGAACGAGACCCGUUUUCAUCCUGGUUUGCCGUUCUUCUGGGAUCUCCUGCAGUCGAAGUGCGAACAUUUGCUGUGCCGACGUCGGAAAUCCCCCCAAUCAAGUCGAUUGUGAUCACGCCGAAUGCCGGCGGGCGCCGAACAGCAGUGUGCGGGUUGAGCAACGCGACGGCGCGGGUGUUCGUCACGGACCCCGCGGGCCUCGACGGGUUCCACCCCCGCACCGUCAACACGAACCUGGGCCGCGAGCACCAAUCCCCGACGAUCCUGGCACUCAGUCUGAGUCCGACGGAUGCCCUGCUCUGCGUUGCCCACCUGCCUUUGUCGCUCGGCGAGUCCGAGUUCCGAGGGCUCGUCGACAAGUUCGGACCCGUCAAGCGAGCCUUCAUCAUGCGCAGUCGACGCACAGGGAUGCGCGAGGAGUGCGAAGUGAGGGAGCGGAUUAUGGACCAAAACAAGGAUAGAUCAAAGACGGGUUACGGGUUCGUGGAGUACGCGGACAAGGAGUGCGCGUUCGCGGCCAAGACGUGGCUGGACACGAAGCGUCGGGAAGAGGCCCAAGUCCAGGCUCGGCCGCGGAGUCUGGUGACACCGACACUGUCGUGCGACUGGCUCGACUGCGGGAUCGUCACUGUCGCCGGGCUCGACUCCAACUGCCUGUGUGUGGCCGGACUGCCCAGGGAGAACCCGAACAUGUCCGAGUUGCGGACGGCCAUGAGCGUGCAUGUCAACCCGCCCUACUGCCAGGAUUGGCCCGAAAACUGCCUGCCGUCUUAUUUUAAUUCCGCAUCCUUGAAGCUCUAA